AGCAAAGCAUGAAUACCGAUAAUCGUUAUCCCGUCACAGCGUCAAUGUUCAUGUUAAGGGAAAUAACACAUCGUCAGGAGCAAGUAAAACGUGGGUACCAACUCCUGAGGCGAAAGGCUGAAGCUCUUCGUAUAAGAGGCAGGCAAGCAGCAGCGGAACUUGCCUCUACCCAAGCGAUUUUGGGCCACACGUUGAGAGAAGCGUACAUAUCGCUAGCUGCUAUUAAAUUCACUAAUGGAGAGACUAACGCUUUGGUUCUAGAAAAUAUUGGACAAGCGCAAAUCCGUGUACAACGUAUAUCAGAAAACAUAUCUGGGGUAGCAACUGUGUCAUUGCAAGCAGUCGAAGACUCGACUGUGGGUGAUGUUUUCCGUUACGCCGGCCUUGGAGCUGGUGGCCACCGCACGGGAGAAGCCAAGAAAGCGUUCAAGGAAGCUAUCCACAUCCUCGUCAAGUUUGCGUCGUUGAGAAAUACCUGUAUUCUGCUGGAUGAGGCACUUAGAACUACGUUCAGAAAGAUAAAUGGUAUUGAGAAAGUAAUUAUGCCAAAAUUACGAAACACCGAAGUCUACAUAUUGAUGGAAAUGGACGAAAGGGAGAGAGAAGAUUUUCAUCGAUUAAAAAUGGUGAAAGCUAAGAAGAUUCAGAAUCAAGCUAUUGCGAAAUUACGUCCAGAACCACGGGGCGGUGACAGCGGAGACUCGAGUGUGUCGAAUGGACCGUCAUCAUCUCGUAUACGAUCGUUGGACUGUCUCACGAGUAUUCUGUACCCGUGCACUGCCCCGAUCGCGAACAGCACCGAAUCUGAAGGAGACGUCAAGCCCACAUGCUACUCUCACCACUGGGACGACGACGAUCUACUGUUUUGA